AUGGAGCCAAAACUCCAUUACGUGAAUUCUAUCUCUGCCUCCGAGAAGACCGUCAACAAACUGUUAUGUCUCGAGGUACCCGUGGUUGGACUGUCCUGCCAAGGAAUCAACGUCGGCAAGAAAGGAACUCUGACUCUGAUUUCUGUCUCCACGUGUGAUGGUGAUGUCUAUCUGUUCGAUACCAAAGUUAAACCAGAGAUUGUCCUUGACGGAGGCCUUAUACGACUUUUGCAAUCAGUCGAAAUUGUCAAGGUCAUCCACGACUGCAGCCAAGCUUGUGCCAAUCUCCAUUUCUCCUUCGGGGUGACUCUGAAGAACUACUUUGACACUCAGACUGCAGGUUCUGUAAUCCUGGAAUCUUUAGGCCUACCACCACGACGUAUAACAUUUGACAGUUUGUGUACACGAUAUAACCUCGACAGGUAUACGCCCGACCCACAAUUACAGAGCCGAAUCAAAAGUGACAUGAACUACUGGGGGCUACGUCCCGUCACAAAGGCCAUGUUGAAUGUAGCCGCAUCUGAAGUUCUGCCCUUAGUCCCAGACCUGUAUGACAUCAUUCAGCAACAGCUGAGUCCUGAUUGGCUGGACUGGUUUGACUGCCGGAGCGAGGAGAAUCGUUUAAUGUACAUCAGCCCAAAGAAGGCCAAGGAGAUACAAUGUUCCCGGGUACACAGGGACACGCGGGACCGACGGUACCUGUUCCGGAUUCCCGCUUCCAUGAUGUCCCGGGAAAAUCUUCCCUACGUCAAAGACACGGUACCGGAUACAACAAUUAUCCGGUAA